CAAAAUUAAAAUGGAGAAUGCUGAGUCUAGCUUUUCCUCUUUGUUGUCGGAUAUUCAAAUGGCUAUCGAGGCUGCCACUAAAGAGAGCAAGUUGCGGGAGCAGCAAGAUCAAUCAUGCGUCAUGAGGGUGCCUUGGAGGAACACAAAGUGCAUGAACGACUACGAACCACAAAUGGUGUCCUUGGGUCCUUAUCAUCAUGGCAAACGAAACCUCCAGGCCUUCGAAGAUUACAAGUGGGAAGCCCUCGUCCAUUUUAUCAGGAGAUCAGAAAUACAGGCUGACGAGUUCGUUAAAGUAGUGCGACAAGAUGCAGCCUUACUUAUGAAGUGCUAUGACAAACUUGAGAAGAAGUGGAGUUCUUCUUCUCAAGAUUUUGUGAAGCUUAUGUUGACGGACGGAUGCUUUAUAUUGGAGAUCGUUCGUCUAGCAUUUGAAUACAAUAAGGAGGGCUACCCACCUGAUCAGGAACCAUUCUUAGGGCCAGACAUUAAUUGGCUUCAUAAAAUCAUCCUUAUACGUGAGGACAUGUUGCUAUUGGAAAACCAGCUCCCUUUCAGGCUUCUGUACUCGCUUCUAACUGUGCUGCAUAAGUCUUCUCCAAAUAAAAGUAAUUUGGAGAGGGAUGCCAAACGUGUAUUGAGAUUUAUUCAUUGGGACAACCCUUUGAAGAUGGUUGGAGUGGAUGACUUGAAAACUGCACUUCAUCCCACUGGAUUACCUUUAUUCCAGCAUGAGUCUCAAGUCUCGCGCAGAAUCGCGGCUGCAAGAAGACUACGUAUUACCGACUACAAAAACGGCACUUGAGCUCUCCAACGCCGGGGUCAAGUUCAUCCCUAGCAACAGCAUUGGAUUUCUCCAAUGGCAUCUUCGAACUCCCUUUCAUGAGGGUGGAGGAGAAGACCAGGCGAAAGCUCUUGAACCUCAUCGCUUUAUGAAAGGAUUCUCAAUAAAACCAACAACGGUGACUACCUACGUAAAUCUCAUGGUUGAUCUUAUGAAGAUGCCGGAGGAUGUGAAUGUGCUUUCGCGCCUCGGGGAUCAUCGAUGACUGCCUUGAGAGUCCUCAAGAGGUGGUCAAGCUCUACAGGGACAUCUCCUGUGGCCUACCCCGACCCACCGCUGACACCUUAUCGAUCCGUUUUGACAUUAGUAGUUAUUGGGACAGCAAACGGAGACGCUUCGGAGUCUAUCUCAAAAGGACAUAUUUUAGCAGCCCUUGGGCGUUCUUAUUGCUUGUGCUGUUGUUCUCUCUCAUUUCAUGGUGGAGAAAGACUUCUGAUAUGGCCAUGAUCCCAAAGCCACGUUUUUGGGGAAUCGACUAUAUAUAUUAUAUGCCUCUUGCAUGGCAAAGACGUGGGUUAAAUGGGUGAUGAAGUCAGUUUAGAUUACUUUUUAUUGUCAAUAAAUUAAGGUGGCCAACGUGCAGCCAUGCAUGUAUAUAUAUUUGAGUCAUUGAAUAAAGGGGGUGGAGCUGGAUGUGCUCGUGACGUUGUACUCGUGCAGCCAAUGUAUAUAAAUAAUUUCUUGAAAUGGAAUAAUUAAGGAUAAC